UAACAAGUUAAUCAUAAGACAAACAAAGAUCACUUUACAUGAAAUUUAAUAACCUGUUUGUCGGUGUAAUGGAAUGUCCUAUUCCGACAAUCUCGAAGAUUAGUGUGCGUUUGAAGUAGUGUAUUUAUACCGAUCUUAGUUUUGGAUGGCUCCUACAUGUUUCUAUGCUUUCUUGGUUACAUACUUAUCACUGAAAGGAACUGACGGUGGACGUUUUCAAUGUGAACCUCUAGAGGAUCAAACAUGCUUCGGAUCACGUUUAGAUUAUAACUUCACAACUUUAAAGUUAGUCACGGAUUCUGAUAAUCAACUGGACGUUGAAAAAAACUUGAAGCAGUGGGAAGGCUUGAAAUUUUUAUCCAGGUGCUGGUCGGUUCUUCAGCCGCUUCUGUGUCAAGUUUACAAGCCGCAAUGCUCCAAUAAUAACGUCACACUGCCCUGUAGGGAACAGUGUCUUGCUACUCGGAAGCCGUGUUCUGUUGUCGAACGUUACCACGAAGAAUGGCCUGAUUUUUUAAAGUGUGAACGUUUUCCACUUGGAAACUGCAAGGACGGUUCGGUAACUAAACUUCGGAUAAAUGAAUCAGCUUGCAAGAGGCCCUUGGUUGAGACAAAGCACCAGUCCAGUUGGUAUGAGGGCAUUGAAGGGUGCGGUAUUCAAUGUGAAAACCCUAUAUUUACCACUAAAGAGCACACAAGAAUUCACAGAUUUGUUGGAGCAUUUGGAAGUUUAUCAUUUACAUGCAGCCUUUUCACAAUGGUUACAUUUCUCAUUGGCUGGAAGUCACAGAAUCGAUAUCCAUCAGUAAUUCUCUUUUACAUGAACACUUGUUUCUGUGCAGCAUCUAUGGGUUUUCUCAUCCAAUUUGCUGAUGGGGCCAGAAACCGUACAGUAUGUCGGGCGGAUGAUACUAUGAGGCUUCAAGAACCAAGUGAGAGUGACAGCUUCCUGUGCAUUCUAACCUUUGUGCUUGUUUAUUACUUUUCAAUGGUUGGUGCCCUGUGGUUUGUCAUCCUGGCUUUUUCCUGGUCAAUCUGUUUUAAGUCUCUGGGCAGCACCAGGGAUAACUUUGCUGGAAAAGUGGUGUAUUUUCAUGUGAUAGCCUGGUUGGUUCCUCUUACUUUGGCAGUUAGUGUUGUUGCUCUGAAACAGGUUGAUGCAAACUCUCUGAGUGGAAUCUGUUUUGUUGGUUACAAGAAUCCCAAUAUGAGAGCCAUCUUCCUGUUGGUGCCGUUAGGUGUGGAUCUGCUCAUCGGGGGGAGCUUUUUAACACAAGGUCUUGUAACUCUGUGUAAGCUCCGCAGGGCAAAUCCUAAUUUUUUAAGCCACAGAGCUGCUCAUAAAAUCAAAGAGACUAUCAUGAGAGUAGGUGUAUUUUCUUUUAUUUCAUUUUUGACGGUAUUUACAACAUUUGCCUGCCAUGUUUAUGAGUAUCACAACCAGAAAAUUUGGGAGGAGAGCUACAGAAAUUUUGUAAGAUGCAUUGCAGAGAGAGUGGCACGGGGACAAAUAUGGAAAGCAACAUGUGCUGUUGAGACACGUCCUGAUCUCAGUAUAAUUGAGCUGGAAUUAGCCUCCUUGUUUGGUACUGGAAUUGCUAUGAGUAGCUGGACCUGGACAUCAAAUACAUUACAAACCUGGCAGAAAUUAUGGCGCAGAAUAACACGAAAAAACAGGCAUCCAGAACUGAGCCACUACAAAUUGAUUAGAAGGAUGAAAAAGAACAGAGUAGCUCCAGCUGUAUUGUAUCCAGCUAUACCAGAGGUACAAAUGGAUGCUAUCUUGAAGAUGGGUGAAGCAAUUCAACAGAGCGGUUCACCUGUGAAAGCCCCAGUUCCAAGACAAAAUAAUGAAGAGCCACUUAAACUAAAAAGUAUCUCUGAACUAACUCCUCAUGAAAAUCUUAGUUGAUGACAAAAUUACACUCAAUAAUAGAAUACAGCAGACCAAGUUUAGGCUUUACUUUGUAAAUAAUUAUAGAUGGAAAAUAGAUAUAUUUUGCACUAUUUAAGUUAUGACAUCAAACAAUUCAUAACAUUUUAUAUUCUUUAAUAUAACAUAGUAUGCUGAAUAUCUAAAUAGGUGUACAGGAUAUGGAUAAGUAUAUUUUUAGGAGGUUCACUUUAAGCACAUGUGAAUUAAUUUAUAACUAUGGUUUCAAUUUUUUAGAAAGAAAUUAAUUGCACUCACCAGUAUCAUACCAGUUCAAAAUUUGCCAGAUUUUGAGUAGUUUUUUCUACUUUGAUCUCUAACACCAGUCCAUUCAAGUAUCUGAAAGCACUAGUGAGUCACUACUUCUCAGAGCAUUCAACAUUUUCUUCUUGGUAUUUAAGAUUGAAAAUUUUGAAGUUAUCAUCUCUUACCAACUUUUAACUGUAAUGGAUCCAACCAGCCCUGGGCAACAACAGCAAAUUCCAGGUACAGUCACCAGGGUCCCAUUUCUUGCAACUGAGUUUCAGUAACUUAAUGACCCUGGAACAAGGUUUUAAGAAUCAAAAUUUUAAGUUUAGAGAAGCAGGUUCUGGCACUCUAACAAGUAAAUUCUGUUUCUUAAAAUUAUAGUACUGUUUUAUCAUAGGAUUCUCAAAACUUUUGAAACUCCCAUCUUGCAUGAAAACAGAACAACUUUACAGGCUUGUUGAGUUACUGGCAGAUGGGAUAGGCAAUUGUGCUCGCCCACGAAAAAGAAUUCUUGAUCAUAAGUUAUGAGUACAUGAAACAUAUUGGGAUGAGCACUACCAAGGGAUUGUCAUAUUAAGGUCCCAGUACCACAGUCUUCGAAAAUUUCAGCUGUAUUUUAAGGGAUCUCGCAUGAAAAUUUAGGCGGGAUCCCACUUGGGACAGACCUGGGAUUCCAGGUUGGAUUGGCUGCAACCCAUGCAGCUCGUGUUUUACUUGUGUGAGUAAGACUAUUUUGUCUUUGAUAUGUUAAAAAAUAAAUAAACAAAAAAAUAAGGAAAAAACCCAAUCAAAAUUAUUUAUGGUUACUUUACAUUCAUACAAAAAUCUUUUGCAAGUAUUCAUUUUUUACAAAUCACUAGGAAAUCAAAACUUCUAUUUUAGCAGAAAACAGCUAACUCUCAUAUAACUCCCUUCCAGUUCCUUUUGUACACCUGAUUAAAUGAGAAAUCAUGCUGUUACUUAUUUAAAAUUUAGAUGAAAAAAGCAUUAGACAAAGUCAAAACAGACAAAAUUUUGACAGUGUACACAUAGUAUUUGUAAUUUGCCCUAGUGUUACAUGAAAAAUGCACUUCUUUUCAGCCAAUCAGAUGCAAAGAAUUUUUUCAUGUAUAUUAUUAGUUCUUUAAUUGCCACAUUAAAGAGGGCAAGGUCAUAAAACAAAUUAAAGGUUUUAUUCUUUGUGCUUGUGGGUAUGCUUGCUUUUACGUUAUUUAGGUUCCUUUUGAAAAUAAACCAGUUAUAUACCUUA